AUGGCAUGGAAACCUGGCUAUCUUUGCGGUCAAACAUUUGGCAACAAUGAAGCACGUUUUCCUCCAACACAGCCACUGCGCAGGGCACUGCAGCCGCCCUACCAAGGACUGUACACAGUUACAGAACAGAAUGAUACAACACUCACUCUCCACAUUAAAGAGGUAGAUACAGUAGUGUCCAUCAACCGAUGCAAGCCAGCCUACCUAAAUGUAGAAGACGCCGCCGAAAUGCAGGCCACGACUGGUCACAGGGCACCUGUCACAUCACAGCCGACAGCACAACAACGUCACACAGAGCAGCGCUGCCCACCUGGCAACCAACCAGCCAUUGGUCACCCAGAUGCAGCAGUUACUCCGCAACAACAGCCGACCCACCAGAAAUUCUCCAAGCUACGAAAAUUUAUGGAGAAAUUAGAAAACUGCAAUUAUGCCGUUGAGCUUGGUAAACAGCUUAAAUUUUCUUUGGUUGGCAUUGCAGGCCAAGAUAUAAAUGAUGGAAAUGCUACUCUCACUCUAGCUCUUAUAUGGCAGCUCAUGAGAGCAUAUACACUGUCUAUAUUGACCCAGCUGGCUAAUACAGGAAGUCCAAUAGUAGAAAAAGAAAUUGUUACGUGGGUCAACAAUAAACUUUCACAAGCUAGGAAGAAAAGUACACUGAAGAAUUUUCAGGAUUCAUCUUUAGCAGAUGCAAGAGUAGUGAUUGACCUCAUUGAUGCAAUUAAACCAGGAACUAUUAACUAUGACUUAGUACGAGAAGGUGGGACAGAAGAGGACAACUUGGCAAAUGCGAAAUAUGCUAUUUCUAUGGCGAGGAAGACGGGAGCAAGAGUGUAUGCGCUUCCAGAAGACAUUACUGAAGUGAAGCCAAAAAUGAUAAUGACUGUUUUUGCUUGCCUUAUGGCUAUGGAUUACAUCCCAAACAUGGAUGUUAAACAAGAUUCAUAAGUUUAUAGCUAUCAGUAGGCAGUUGUAAGUGAAUUUUGUGAUUGUAAAAGUACCUAAAGUUUUAUUUUUGAAUGGUUGUAAAGUAGUUUAUAUUUCAUUCCAUAUUGUAUACAAACACUUGCAAUGUCAUCUUUGAAAAAGUAUUUGUGUCUAUGUGUGUGUCUCAGUAAAAAGAUGAUACAGUGAUAAUGUACAAUAUUCAUCACAUUUUUUUUAAAAAAAUGUAAUUUUGGUCUUACAGGAUGAGAGGUGGGGAGGAAAUUUAGACAUUAAAAAAAGUCCUCAUAACAGAUAACAGAGAAUAAUGGGAGAGUUCUUUACUAGUGGUCUUAUUCUUUGUGUUAUGUGAGAGAACAUUUUUGUCAGCAUUAUUGAGUGGUAAUGUGAACAUAUUCUCACUUUAUCCAUAUUUUGAAUGGGCAGAAGACACACUUCAGACUGCAUAAAUGAGUUACCUCAUUUCUGUAGUUUAUAUAUAUAUAUAUUUUGUAAUAUAUUUUAUACACAGCCAUUGUAAAGGGUCACUCCUUCAAUGUAAUCAGAUAGCCCUAGUAUAUCCAAAAGUGAAACUGAACGUGUGAUGCUGGGUUUCUUGUAUUGUGAGUUGGGGGAUAGUAUAUUCUUAAGAUAGUGUGUGGCACCAGCCCAUGACUGAGCCAUUGGCCUGACUGUUGGUGGAGUACAGCCUUUCUUCAGCAUGGCACUAGGAGGGGGAGGGCAGUGGACUCAUCACCCUCUCCAUCUUAUCCCAACCCCCCUCCCCUCCCCUCCCCUCCCCUCCCCUCCCCUGGAAAGAUCCACAGUACUCAUUCUAUAGCAGGCGAAUAGAUGUGUGGGCAUUUUGGAAAGACUGUAACAAAGAAAAAUCCCUCACCCUAUCGAGGAUUGAACCCAGGACACCCAGGGUCGGAGUCUAGUACUGUACCUACUAGACCACCUUGGCCAAGAGGCAUUGUAUUUACAGGACUGAAAUGCUGUGAAAUAAAGUAUAAUGUGGUAAUCUAUUCCAUAAACUUACCACAAAAAAUUUCAGUUAUUGCUAUAUUCACUUCAUAAUUUUUGGCGGGAUGCUUACCUGAAUAUAGCUUUCAAAACUAUCAUUUGUCCACAAAAAUGCAUUUUUAUUCAUUUGAUGGUAAAUCUAUCUUGAUAGUUUCCAUACAAUGUAUAAAAUGAUGUCUGCUGUGCCAAGUGAGGGCUAGUAACCAUAUUAACAUCUAUAUUUUGAUGUAUAAAGAAAGUUGUUCAUUGACUAAUACAUAAAUUAGACAAUUUUGUCCAUGACAUUCCAUUUAUGUAGUUUACCAAGGCACUGUAUGUGAUUCUAUGUUUCUAUUGUUAAAGGGCACAAUUUGUAUCUGAUGGUUUUAACAUCAGUAUAUAUAUAUAUAUAUAUAUAUAUAUAUAUAUAUAUAUAUAUAUAUAUAUAUAUAUAUAUAUAUAUGACUGUCAAUAAUAUUAUUUUAAACUAAUUAUGAAAUGUCUGUGUUACCAAAAUUUAUACACUGAGCUUAAGAUUAUUAUGUGAAAGUGUCGCUAAUGAAGAAAAAUUAUUUUAUGUACUCACGUGGAAGAGGAUGAAAAUACAAGACAAAAAUCACUUUUACGUUGAUUUCGCAUAUUAAUUACAGAUUUGUAUUGUAGUGUCUCUCUUCUGUUUCUGUCCACUUUGAUUAUACGUCUAUAGUUUUCCCGAAAUGUGGUCAGUCAAAAUAGUAAUAAUGGUACUACCACCGACUUCUUCUUCUUCUCCUCCUCCUCCUCCUCCUCCUCCUCCUCCUCCUGCUGCAGCUGCUGCUGCUGCUGCUGCUGCUGCUGCUGCUCCUUCUGCUCCUUUAUUGAUUUCCCACUGUAUUGCUUUCAGCUACAAAGGAAUUUGAUAGUAAUGAUUCACCCUUUAUCUCAGUGUACUGUGUAAAAUGUCAAUGAUGUAUGCAACAUAUAUAGACACUAGAUUACUUCGAUAUUGUAAUUUAGUCUUUCGAAAAUGUUCGCUGUAGAUUAUGAGAGCUUGUAAGUUUUUCAACUUUAAAUACUCCUGGCUCUGACCAUAUUCUCAUUUCAGUUUACUGUUUUCUUGACUUUUAUUGCUAUAAAAAAUAGUUUUUCAUAUUUCUCUUUACUGUCAUGAUUCAACUUCUUUGUUGAAUUUUACCUGAUUGUCAUUUCACAAUGUUUGGGGUUCUUGAGCUUUCUCAUCAGUUUCUCUUGCAUUUUUAAUUCUACUGCACAAAUUAAUUUUGUUGUAAUCAUGUCAGAGUUGUGAGCAGUGUGUGUGAGGUGGCGCUUUUUUUGAUUCACGCAACUUCUUUCCUGAAAGUUCCAUAGACUUUGGCUGUUUUACUUACAGCUAUUAUUUACACACUAAUUACAUUGAUUAUUAUACUUUCUCCUGAAAGUAACUGUGGUCAUCUCGUGCUCCAUUGGUGACCAUAAACAUAUGCCAUGUGUUUACUUUUUAGGUUGAAUCAUUCUUGAUUGUUUCUAUAAUCUGCAAUGUCCUUCAAAGCUUGAAACUAGAGAAACACUAUUGAGAUUUAUUAUUGUAAAGCACUGACUGCUAAAAAAUUGUUAAAUUAAUUGUCGAGAUUGAAGAGUAUACGAAAUGGAUGAUGAACAGUAUUUCUCUGAAAGUUUCUGUAGAGAUAUAAACUCAAAUAUUCAUAAGUAAUGUAACUUCGAUAUGAUUAAGGGACAGAUAACAACAUUAAUGAAAUUCCACAUCAUGCAUUUGGAAUCAGUUUGCAAUUGUAUGAAGAAAAUUUGUUGAUAUACUCAUUUUUUCAUGCUGUAAUUAUUCAGUGAAUAGCCUAUGAAAGUAUUACAGUCUAGUUUUUCAACUUAACAGUUUGUAGUUUUGAAAUGUUGACCUCACAUAAUUUACCAAUAGCGAAAUUGUAACAGUAUGUCUGAGCUUUGUUUGGAAUGUGUUGCCCCCCCCCCCCCCCCCCCAGUCUGUUAACACUGUUUCAGUAUUUUUGACAGGAAACUGCAAUCCUGCAGUAACCAGUGGUCCCACAUUCAAAGCCCGUUCCACUUUUUCCAAAGUGUAGAUGAAAUUUUCAGUCAUUUUAUCUUCAGGCUCAGAGUUAGAACACAGGGAUUCAAAAUAUCUAUUACCCUGUUUAAUAACUUGUAUCUAUCUUGGAGUGCCAAACAGAAUAUCCUGAGCUUAACACAAUUACCUCUCAUGGUCAGGAAAAAAUAAGAUUUUCAAGUUUACUUGUUGUCUGUUAUUAUUGCUGCUGCUGCUGCUACUGCUACUACUACUACUACUACUACUACUACUACUACUACAAUGAGUGAGUGAUCCACCAACUAGACAAGUAGUGAAACGGUGAUAAUCAUUACUGUCAAUUACUAUAUCCUAAAUAUAGGUAGUGUGAUAGUUGUCCACAUUUAAUAACAUACAUUAGUAACAGAAAACUUUGUCAGCAUUAUUACUUUUUAAAGUUAUCUCUGUCUUGCGUUAAAAAGUUGACAGUUAUGAUAAUAAUCAAUCCUGGCCAUAAUUUCCAUAACGGGAUGGCUAGCUGAAUAAAGUCCAUGGACACACAGUCAGGAUGUUGGAAGAAAACUGCCAUUACUUGAAUUUAAAUAAUUGUUUCGCAUUUUCUGCAUAGUUUCAGUUAACUAUGAAAGAGGUUAUAACACACUGAAGUUACAGUAGCAUAUCUUUUUCCCCAUACAGCAGUUUGAAUGAGAAAGUGCCUUAGUAUAUAUUAGUUGUGGGAGAUCCUGUUCGAAUGAUGAUAAAAAAUCUGUGCAAUAGUGAAGAAAGAAAUUGAUUACUCAACAAGACGUGUUGUGCUGUGAAUAUGUGGGGGAGAGAAAUUUGGCUUGUAAAACAGUCACCCUUGUUAAACUCAUUGUCACAUGGAAAUGCUUUCCAUAAGUGUCAUAAUUAUUGACUGUAGCAAGUCCUUUUCAGGUUCCUACCGGCUCUGUUGAAAUUAAACAUCAAGGUUUUGGGAGCCUUGCUUUAUUCUGUGUAUGGUCUUCGUAAAUAUUUGUGUAGUACUCAGCAGUGAAAAAAUUCUUUGGUAUUCGCAAAAUAUUAGUUAACUAAAGCAAAAUUAUCUCCUAAGAUUGAAUUUGAGAAAGGACCAAAAACUUGAUUAUCUUACAAGCUAGCAGUUGUGCCGGUGGCUAGUUGCCUCAGUGUUCAAUACUUGGGAAAUUACUUAUAGUUUUACAGGUUUUAUAGAGGUGACAAAACCACUUAACAUAUUUUUGUAACCUAUGUCAAACCAUAAAAUGAAAGACUGAGAUAAAUGUCAGUGCUGCAUUUAAAAUUGUGUUCUGUGUUAAUCAUAAAUAAUGAAAUGCAUUAGGUCAUUUUAAACAGUGUGCUGAACUGAUAUAAAGGACUACUAAUUUUUGUAUAGCAUUAUUAGUAGUAGAUUGAAACAUUUGGUAAACAGUUCCAUUUUGAUAAAGUUCUUGUCUAUAAGACUGCAUUUGUGGCAUUUGAUAGAUAAAUACAUAUAGAAUUUUUCCCACGUACACACAUUUCCAUGUUUUUUCAGAAGUUCUAUGUUCAGCCUUUACCAGAGAUUUCAAAUGAAUUGUCAAUAAGUUGCAAGAGACCUGGAUAUUGAACUUCAUAUAAUCUUAAGCUAUCUGUUGUAUGUUUGUAACUCAUACAUUAAGUUUGUACAAUAUACAAAUAUUUAAGGAAAUAAUUAUCCUGAAACGUAAAUCAUUCACAAAUUAUUAAAUUUAUGAGAACACUGUUAAGAGUAUGUUUUUACAAUUGAUGUUUCAUUUUAGUAAAAAAUUUAAUAAAAAAUUGUAUUUAUUUCCGUUUUAAAAUUUUUAUUGUAUGUUAAUUUUUCUUAUUUUAUAAAAGACUUGCAGUACUUAUGGAAUGCCUUAUAUAUGAGACUUAAACAGUUACAUUAAAUUUAAGCAGCUAGAGAUGUAGCUAGUUCUUUUUUAUAGUUAAAAUUAAUAAAGUAACUUUUUUUACUCAGAAA